AUGAGCAAGCGACCUGCUCCAUCUCCUCCUCCUGCGUACCCUCCCCUUCCAAGCCAACUGACAAGACAGUCUUCUAGUGGUAGUGAAGAAGAAGAAGAAGAUGAAGUGAUGCCAACGUCCUCUGUUGGUCAGCCAUGGAAGAAAUCGACCACUGUUGCUGCAAGCGGCACUCCCAAAGAAGUUCCUCGCCGACAGGAUUUUCAACCUGCUGAACCACCGGACACCACCAUGAAGUUACCAGCCACGUUCCAGACAGCCAAGGAGUUACUUAGUGCGUGCAAGCAAGAUCAGAAAAAGGCCCUCAUGUUGUGCAUGUGUCUUGGAAUCAUGAGUGAAGAUGGAACUCGGUGGCUGGGUGACUUGACCGUGGAGCCUUAUAGCAAACUGUCCACUUCGAAGCUUGCCAAGUUGUCGAGAACCAAGCCCAUGAUGUCUGCAGAAGUUACCAGGCGGGCCAUUGAGCGUAAGGUGACAAAGGCUUUCCCUCGCCCCAAGAAUUGGAGGAAUGAAACGCUGGAGAAGCAUCUGAAAACCAAUCCCAUUGUCACAGAAUCUGAUGUCACAUUCCUUCGAUCACAGGAGAAUGCAUUCUUCCAUGCUUGCGAAAACAUGAUAGUGGAAUGCGCUGAGCAACAGGCUGCAGAGGCAAAGCAGAGCUCCUAUCGCUGGAAUGAUUCAGAUCCGCGAACGUUUUACCGAAUGUACUUGGCUGCUGAGGAUGAUCAAGUGAAAUCUGCGAUGGUGGAGGAUGGCAAGUGUUUGACAAAGGCGAAGCUGGAUGGUCGCCACAGUGAGGAUGUACCAGUUACGUUCUUUGCCGCUUUGGCUGACAAGUGGAACAGUGACUGGGUAGCCAAGACACCUGUCCUACCCACCCUACACGAAGGCUUCGAAAAUGAGAUCUCGAUUGGUCCUGAGGAUGUGCAGCAACCAGUCACAACAGAGUACAUCACGAAGAAAUGGAAGAAUGACAAGAUGCUGCUUGCAAGGUUGGUCAGUCGCUAUGAAGGAUCUGGUCAUGGCUUCGGACAGAUUGAUGGUCGCUUGAUCUUUGGGCAUAUGACUGAGGAGGCACUUCAAGCUGAUGAUAGGAAGGACUAUCUAUGGGAACAGUUCUCUGAGAAGCCUCGGCAUCUGCUGCUGUGGCAUCUUUCUGAUCAAUUCGGUAUCUUGAAUCAUGUCAUUACUCGAAUGUCCAAGGCUACCUCGGCCACAGGUGAAGAUGUCGAUACCACUACUGCCAAGACAAAGAAGCCAAGGAACAAGACCAACAAGAAGAAGAAGAAAGCAAAGAAGAAGAAGAAGUCAUCUGAUGACAGCAGUAGUGACAGCGAUGAAGACCCAGCCUCUAAGUUUCGAGCUUCCCUUGCAGAUUCCCAGCAAGAACAAGCCUAUCAACGGCAAUGGAGAAUCUUCAAACUGCAACCACUCGAUUGA